AUGGCAAACGAGGAAGCGAAGAAAGAAGUUGUCGAGCAGGCUCCGGUUGUUGAAGAAGAGGACGAUGAUGAGCCGGAUGAGUGGGACAAGAGAAUCUUUAGCACUGGCUGUGCAGAGGAGAACACGGCGCUGAAUGACUGCUUUCGCGAGAAGCUAGACUGGCGGGCCUGCAAGGAACAGAUGGAUCUGUUCAAGCAGUGCUGGAAGCAGCGGGGAAAUGAUCAAAGGACAGAGUCCAAGGACGCCGAGUGA